AUUUUUUCCAGCAUGCUAUGCAUCCAAGAUGAAAUGGGUCAACUGAGCAUACAUCAACCAGGCGAACGGCCUAAAGUAUCAAUAAGCGUGCCAGAGGCAUUAUGCAACGACAGCUCGCCGGACACACCCCAACCGGCAUUCGCUCUAAAACAGGGAUGGAUGGAAGGCAUCUUCGGAUGUCUUAGACCGGUAUGGUCGAUAAUUGGAAAAGCGAACUCCCACGAGAUCAAAGGGAAUCAAGACGAUUGGGAAAUCCCAUUCGAGUCCAUAACGGAUUUGCAAUGGUUGGGUUGUGGAGGGCAAGGGAUCGUUUUCUCAGGAAAACUAAACAACGAAGCUGUGGCCGUUAAAAAGGUAUCGGACGUAAAAGAAACCGAUAUCAAAAAUUUGCGUAAAUUGAAUCAUCCGAAUAUAAUUAAGUUCAAAGGCGUUUGUACGCAAUCUCCAUGUUAUUGUGUUGUAAUGGAAUUUUGCCCGUACGGACCCCUGUAUGACCUAUUAAAAAAUCAGCAAAAAAUGGUUACACCUGCACGGGUCGUCACAUGGGCGAAGCAAAUUGCGAAUGGAAUGCAAUAUCUCCACGCACACAAAAUUAUACACAGAGAUUUAAAAAGUCCAAAUGUACUAAUUGGGGAUGGUGAACUGAUUAAGAUAAGCGAUUUUGGUACGUCGAGAACUUGGAAUGAGGUGAGCACGAAAAUGAGUUUCGCCGGUACCGUCGCUUGGAUGGCGCCGGAGGCCAUCCAGGAACAGGCCUGUUCCGAAAAGAUUGAUAUCUGGUCAUUUGGGGUUGUUCUGUGGGAGCUACUGACAUGCGAAACACCUUACAAAGACAUGGAGCAGAGCUCGAUCAUGUACAUGGUUGGCACGGGUAAAUUGCGACCCCCAGUACCGACCACGUGCCCGGAGGGAAUCAAGCUGAUAAUGCAGAUGUGUUGGAAGUUCAACCCGAAAGAUCGCCCUUCGUUCAAACUAAUUUGCAAUCAUCUAGAAAUUGCCUCAGUUGAGAUGUUGAGUAGUUACAAAGACGAGCAGUUUUUCAAAACCCAAGAGAGCUGGAAGGAGGAAAUUAAGACCCAGAUCACCUACUUCAAACUGCAGCAGGAGAAGCGAAGACACGAAUUUCAAGUCAAGGAAGAACAGCUGAUAAAAAAGAGAGAGACUGAAUUGAAGCACGUAAGAGACGUUAGGGAGCUUUACGAUCGGAAAUUAGAAAGAGUAAAUCAAUUAUACUUAGAGUUACACGCGGUGUUGUUGCAAGUUGAGCAUCAAAAGCAAGAAACGCGAAAGCGGGAGAUGAUGCAAAGUAAAAAGAGGCUCAUACAACCGUUUAUGAAGUUUCAAAAGCGACGGUGUGGUCACAACAGUAGCACCACACCCACCAGUCCGGAGUGUAGUCUCACCAGUCCGGAUAGUCCACAAAUUAUACCUCCAAAGCCUCCAGUUUAUUCAAAUUCGAACACGACAAAUCGAUCUGAGUCCUUACCCGUUGUACAUUCCGCAUCGUCAUCGUUAAAAUCACGCAAACGCCAUCAUCGAACAAACUCGGGAUCUCCACGCGCCACCGUAUCAUCGCGCAUGUCCAGCGGUUGGUCGUCAGUUUUGGUCGACUCCGAAACGCAAACCGACUGCAUGGAAAUGAGCGAGACGGACCUAAGUCCGAGCUGCUACAGCCUAGCCAGUACGAUUCAGUCAAGUACAAACCGUCCAAAUCAACCGCAACGUGUCAUACUCCAUGAAGUACAAAAAUCGCCAGAAAACGGCAACACCGUACAAAUACACUACAUGGCCCAACACACACAACCAGCCGCCGUCGAAAUUUACACGCGACUCGACCCGACGGAGCUGCAAGACCAAUCGGACACGGUCAACAGCAACACGCAAACGAUGCGCGACAGCGACGACGAAAACUUGGAAACGAUAGGAAGGAAGUUGUCUUUCAUUAAGGCGAACACAGACAACAUAUUUUCCGAUACUCGAACCUCGGAUAAUGGUAACAUAUCGGACGAAAUCGAGGAGGUGCUUCGGAAGAAGAUAUGCUCGGAUCGACAGAUAUUGGACAGCGCCGAGGAUGCGCCGAACGAUAGUUUGACGGACGAGGACGGUCAUUAUGAUGACUCGUUGCGACGCAGAAGUAAACUUGGAAAAGAAGCGCCUUUGAAAAUAAGUUUGGCCCGAAGGCCCAUAUAUCCAGGUCGACGAACAAACAGGUACAAGUAUUCACUAAAUCAUCUCCAAAGGGAGAUAAUCGCAUCAGACGAGGGCAACACAUCCGAAUACUCGAAUCCGCCGUCGAGCAAAAGUUCGACGCUCGAGUCGAAUCCCGACAGAACGACGCGCAUAAUAUCGUGCGUGUCGGGAAAACGGGCGAACGACCACUCCGACGGCUCUUCCGACAGCGAGUCCGAGGAGAAUCUGACGAUAGCAACCGAGGUCUGUUAUGACAUGAACAAAAUAGAGAGCGUAGUCUGAUUAAGUUUAAGUUCUUAUUGUGAUUACAACUAAGUAAGCGAUCCUUUUUUAGUGUAAUAGCGCGACUUAUUUAUCGAGAUUGAAUGAAAAGUAGUCGAAGUUUGUAGUUUUUGUGAGUGACGUGCAAUAACUAGCAAACUUUAAAUCUUUUAAUCCUUAUUUUUUAUAUGUGCGGUUGUGUUUUUAUAAAGUAUUUUAAACUUGAGUAUUUGAAGUUGCUAGUGAAUUUUUGAUAUUAUCUACCUUUUAAUUUUAAGUGUUUUACAUUCCUUCUUUAGUGAGUAAGUCCAGUUAUCUACACAUUUUUAUAUUUUGGCAACUCUACAGCAGCUAUUUAUGUACAAUACAAUUACACAUGUUCCCAGAUGGCGUACUUACUCUGCAUAGAGCAUAGUCCCUAUACUAGGGACCAUAAUGCACUCACUCAAAGUUUUUGAUGUACUGCUACUUACGUUAGGUUUUAGUAUAGCGACUUGUCUUGUACAUUAAGUAACAGAACAUUGAAUAUUUUAAUAACUGCGCAAUUUUGAAUUGCAAAAAUUGACAGAGGCAACAACUCAAUUAGCAACUUUGAGAAGUCCAAUGUAAUUUUCAUGCCAAAUCAGCUUCUAAAUCUGAAUACUUCUAGGUGCCUAUAAAUAAAUUAUUUUUUUGUCUCCGAGUAUAUUUUUAUUGAAAAAAAAUUAUAAUUGCAGCGUUAAAUUAGACGUAUAUACAAUUUAUGAAAUAUUCUCAUUGUGCUGUUGAAAACAAAGUACAUUAGAUGUAAACGAAUAAUUGUCAUUCAAUAAAAAGUUAUUGUACUUAGCCGAUGUGCUGUCCUAUGUGGCCUAGAAAUUGUAAUAGAGCUCCAUUCAUGCCGAGGAGUUCGCGGCAAAUGGCACAUUCUGUAAUAAUCAUUCCAAACUCUUAGAUGACAACUCGGUAAUUUUGCCAUUGUGUAUUUUCGCAUUUAUGACAAAUUAAGAGUUUUAAUUUUUAUUAUGGAACUGCUGUAAUAGUUUUACAUGCUAAAUAAAAUGAAAUUUAAAA